AAGAGGCGAAAGCAAACAAUUUUCAGGCCCGCCGCGUCUAGCAAAAAAUAUGAGAAAAAAAAUUGUUAAAAAUUCGUAAAAUAGUUGAAAGUCAAGAAAAUUUCAGCAGAAAGGAUGUUAAAGCUCAUGGGGCCUCUGAGUCCUGGCGGUGUUGAGCACAUAAAACUGGAUAGAGAACAAGCGUCAUCGACACUAGGUGGGAACCGCGUCCCUGCCCAGUCAGCCGCGCUGCCCUAGGGUGCAAUGGCCACGGGAAUCCAGGGGCACCUAGACCACAUUUCAGAUAAAGCCAGGCUCGCGGUGGCCACGGGGAGGCGAAAGAGAGCGGAAGGGGGCAAGCCCAGGAAGAACUUCCCCUGUCAGCUGUGUGAGAAGGCCUUCAACAGCGUGGAGAAGCUAAAGGUGCACUCAUACUCACACACGGGAGAGAGACCGUACUGGUGCUCCCACCAGGACUGCACCAAAGCCUUCGUCUCCAAAUACAAACUGCUACGGCAUAUGGUGACACACUCGCCGGAGAAAACCCACAAAUGUACGUACUGUGAGAAAAUGUUCCAGCGAAAGGAUCACUUAAAGAACCACCUGCACACUCACGACCCCAACAAGGAGGCCUUCACCUGCCAGGAAUGCAGCAAGAGCUACAACACCAAGCUGGGCUUCAAGCGCCACCUGGCCCUGCAUGCGGCCAACAGCGGAGAUCUCACCUGCCAGGUGUGCCUGCAGCCAUUCGCCAACACAGGCCUGCUCCUGGAGCACCUCAAGACCCACGCCGGCAAGGCCUCGGGCGGCACCAAAGACAAGAAGCACAGGUGCGAGCAUUGCGAGCGCCGCUUCAUCACGCGCAAGGACGUGCGGCGCCACAUGGUGGUGCACACGGGCCGUAAGGACUUCCUGUGCCAGUACUGCGCACAGCGAUUCGGCCGGAAGGACCACCUGACGCGUCAUGUGAAAAAGAGCCAUGCCCGCGAGCUGCUGAGGGUCAAGACGGAGCCGGMCGAUUCGCUGGMMUCMCYCUUCUCCWRCGGGMURGCYGGAGGYGUCAAGGGYGAGCUGGCCACCAUGUCRRYGCYGCACMGGCAGCUCCAGCUCAACCKSUACGGYGGCCCUCUSCUKCCCCAGCACCACUGCCCCACCACCCCCCCCCUGGACAUAGAGCCCAAUUCCCCACACCCCUUCUCCCUAAAGUACCAGCUGGGCUCCAACCUUACCUCAUACUCCAUCUCCACCCUGGAGAGGGAGCAGAAUCUAAAGGGAGAACUGGAGACGUAUCUGAUGGAACUGCAGAGCGGCGUGCCCUCCUGGGCUGAGGGGGCUCAGCUAUCCUCCGCCUCCAAACUGGAGUUGGACUCCCAGGUGGGCUUGUUGGAUGAGACCUCGCCCGGCGAGGUGUCUCUGUCCAAAAUCGUGGCAGUGGGCGAGUCGCUGGCCUCUUCCUCGUUGGUCGACUUCUCACAACUCUUCAACUUCCUGCCAUUGAAUGGCCCCCCGUAUGGGCACCAGGCGGCAGCUGGCGGGGGUUUAGGCGGGUUCCCCUACCUGCCAGAGGAGGCACUGUCUCUCGUCCAGCUGGCGCCCCAGCCCCCGGAUUCCCACAAGGUAGCGGGAAGUGGGGGGGGUAUCAGCCCCCUCCUUGGCCACUCCUCCUAUUCCUCAAACCUGAGCACAACCACCAUGCUGCCCCGCUUCCACCAGGCCUUCCAGUGAGAUGAUAAAACACAAACACACACGCAUACCCAUUAUCCACGCAUGCACACACUUACAGUACAUACACACACAC